UGAAAACGUCGUCUCAUAGUUUUUCUGUUUGUCUGCCAGCCCCAAUCGUGUUCUGAGGGCAAACUCUUGUUGACCUUGAGUUCGCGGGCUUUUUGUACUCAGUGGAACCGCUCCCUUACGGAUACUUACCCCCAAAACUACGUUAUUAGCAUGUCAAUGAAGUGCUAUGUGAUUGUUUAAGCCUACCACAGGAAUGCAUGCUCUGCAGUUCCCGGGCUGCUCGCCAUGGCCCCUGACUCAGGGCUAUGGACACCGCGAGCGAAUUUUUGAUGUAGCAUUUCAUCCUCUUAGCGACGAUAUUGUACUCACAGCGUCCGAGGACACCAGCUUGCGGUUAUGGAGGCGGUCGGAUGGCGCGGACAUGUAUAAGCAGGUCCGUGCCUACUUUGGACACACUGGCGAGGCGUUACGCGCUUGCUGGUCCGCCAACGGCCUGUUACUUGCAUCAGGUUCGGCGGAUCGGACGGUGCGCCUGUGGGCCGCGGACCUGCAAGCCCCCGAAUACACAGGUCGCCAGCUAGCCGUGCUCGAUGGACACCCCGAGGAAGUAUACCAUGUGGAGCUUUUCAACCCCACCGCACCGCCGCCGUCGCCAGCCCUCCUGCACACCCUACGACAAUGGUACGGCGGAGGAGGAGGAGGAGGAGGAGCAGGCCAGGCAGCGGACCAGCAGCAACAGCAGCAGCUGCCGCCGCCGUUGCCGCCGUUUGAAACGCAUGUGUUGGCUGCGAGUAGCGAGUCGCUGUUCGUUUGGUCGCUUCAGGAGGGUGCGGUGCUGCAGCAGGCGAAUGCGCCCGGCACCAGCGGCAGCACCAUUACGCAGGAAGCCAUCAUGUCUGGGUCUGCCAAGCCAGCCUACAUCUUUGCUGUCAGUCGGCAGCCAGGAUCGAACACGGGAUCUCUCCUCGCGGCCGCUUGUUGCGAUGGAGUGGUGCGGCUGUGGAGCGUGCGACCCACGGGUCACCUGGAGUGGGCGGGUCAGGUGAAGCUGCCCGGUGCUCCUAUGUGCACGGGGUGCGCGUUUGCGGCGGAUGGAGCGAGGCUGGGGGUGACGACACGUGAGGGGCGGCUAGUGGAGCUGGACGUUCGUACUCUCGAGGUCCUCACCUCGCGGCUGCUGCCCUCUUCGCCCCUCUCGGUGGCGUACCUGCCAGCUGGGCCCCUACCGACAGCAUCAGCGGCAGCAGGGGAGGAGGAGGGGCAGCGGGAGAUGUGGCUGGUGGCAUGCCGUGACGGGGCAGUGUACGGAUACGAACUGGAGCAACAAGGUGGCGGCCCCGCCUGUGUGGUGCAGCCCCCCAGUGGGACCGGGGUGGCAGUGCUGGCAGUGGCUGUGUCACCGGGGGGAGCGGCGCUGGCGCUGGGAGGCGAGCCGCAGCAUGUGGCGCGUUUACCGCCCAUGCGGACAAAACAAGAACAACAGCAACAGCCGCAAUCAAGACCAGAGCAACAAGGAACGUCAUCUGCGCCCCAAGCAACCUCCUCCUCCACAAACGGCGGUACCAUCGGACACGGCGCUCAUGCCGGCAGCACAUGCACGCCUCCGCCACUGCAACCUGCAACAACCGGAGCAGCAACCGGAGCUAGCAGGGGGACAGCAUCACCUGCAACCCAAGCAGCAGCACCGGCAGCAGCAGCAGCUGCAGCCGUGGCGGCGCCUGCAAGGAGACGGGGAGGCGGCGGUGGUGGUGGAUCGAGGGGGGCGGUUCUCUCGGGAGGGGGAGCGGCGCUGCGGAACCCGCUUGGGCUGCUGGAGGAGGCAGAGGCGGAUGCGGGGGCACCGGCAGGACCCCAGCGGCAGCAGACGGCGUCGACAAUGCAGGCACCGCCCCAGGGCAGUGAGGAGCCGUCCGUGGCGGGUGGGAUAGCGGGACUGUCACUCCAAGAAGGAGAAAGACGGGGCGAUCAGGCAGGACAAGCGCAGUCGCAAACACAACCGCAGGAGGGGCAGCGCCAACAGCAGCAGGGACAUGGGCACGCAGGGGGGCAGGUAGAGCAGGGGGUGCAGAUCACAGAGGCUGGGCAGACGAAGCAGCGGCAACGAGAGCCUCAAGGGGAGGGGCAUUCGUCCGCGGGAACCAAGACUGCAGCAGCGGAGCAAGGCAGUGGCAAUGUACGUGCGGGUUUGUUCGUGUACCUGGCGCCGGGGCAAUAGCUUUGUAGGUAUGGCCGGUGGUCCUUGCAGGGGGAAGAGGUUGGGUGGCGGUGACAUGCAUGGCAUUGGCAGGAGGGAAUGAAGGAGAGGGAGCAUGAUAGCUUGCGUAGGCUGAGUGGUGCGGCUGGUGUAUGGCCAAGUGUGAGGGGUAAAGAGGAAACAACUAACUGACCGUGUGAUAAGGCAUCAUCAUGGUUUGCCAAGUGUGAGGGGGGUGUGGAUGGUGGUGAGCAAGGGACCAUGGAUCCUCCCGGGAAGCUGUUGGAUGGCACGAGAGCAUCCGGUUCAGUUGUAACGUUUCCGCAUGCAUGUGCUGUCGAGCAUGAAUGCAUGCAUGCAUGGGUGCUGGGAGUUUGAAGGUAUGCAUGCGCACACAAGAUGUACAGGUGGAGCCGCGGAGGAUGGGGAAAGGAAAGAUGGUUGAUUGUAGCAGUAAUCGUACAGAAAU